UUUCGGUUUUUUGCAUUUUUUGGACCUUUGGACCUUCCUUAGUUCGGGGCUACUUCGUUUUUGAAGAAAUUCGCAAAAUUGCGGAUUUGGUGAGCGAUUUUGUAAAGGUCUGCAUAAUGACAAUUUUCACUUUUUUCGAAAAGUCGCCUAAAGUGCCGUUUUGGACGGUGUGAAUCGCUUCCAGCCUUCUGUGGUUUGAAUUCCGCGCGCGGUAGACGCCUUCUGUGAUUGGAGAGCUCAGAGCCAAUCAGAGAAGGUCUCGUGAUGGGGUGGAGUGGGGGAAACGCGGCCUGCGCCUUGCAAGCGAUUCGAGCCGACUCGAAUGCACUGUGACGUCACAGGCACAUUCGCUUUUCGCGCCUUUAAACUUCAUUGUUGAACUCUGGUGGAAGAUAAUUUCAUGGAACAAAUAUUUUAACGACGAAGAUAAUGACAGGAGUCAAGAGAAGGUCGGGGAAAAGGCCCAAAGCGAAGAAGCCACCGCCAAACAGACAUCUUCUCGCUAAUAGAGUGGCUCAAGUAAAUGAACCUGUGAAGGUUAGCAGUGUACCAGUUAGUUCAAGUUCCAAGAAGCUUACAGAAGAGAAUGCCUCUGUUGACCCUACAAGAAAAGACUGGAGUGGUUUCCGAAUUAUUGACAUAGACAAAGUGUUUGGACAGAUAGCAGAAUUUGUGUGCUGCAACAAAUGCAACAACCCUAUCAAAAUAUCUGAAGUAAAACGUGUGGGGCUUAGCUCUCUUUUUGAAAUAUGUUGUGAAAAGUGUGGUGUUCUGAAAGUGCUUCGAAAUUGUGCUGUCAUCAAAGAUAGUGAGGACAGGACAUCGGAACUGAACAAAAGACUUAUUCUUGCAUCGCAUGUACUUGGUUUUAAAAAUACUGGCACCAAAACAUUCUGUGGAUUGAUGGACUUGCCUCCCCCUGUUUCUGCUAAGUCAUAUUAUAAAAGUUUGAAAGAAUUGCAUGCUGUACUGAAAGAAGAAGCAGAAGAGAAUAUGGUGAAAUCUAUAGAAGAGGAAAGCAAUCUUGAAGGGUCUAAUGAAAUAAAAGGUAGUGGUGAUGGAACAUGGCAACGCAAAGGUUACAGUUCAAAGAAUGGUGUUGUAACCCUGGUUGGUGCUCGUACAGGGAAGGUUUUAGAUGUUGAAGUGCUGACAACUGUCUGCAGUGGCUGUACAAAUUAUAAAGGACCAAAGGAAGGGGUUGAAUAUACUGAUUGGCUUGAGUCCCACAAACCCAACUGCACUAUCAACCACACAGGAUCAAGUGGUGCCAUGGAAGCCAUAGGCGUGGUAAGGAUCUUUGAACGUUCGCUUCAACGAGGAGGAGUUAAAUUUAAGACUUACAUUGGUGAUGGAGACAGUAAAACUUAUCCUGCACUAGUAAAAGCUAAACCUUAUGGUGACGAAUUAAUUCCUGAAAAAGCUGAAUGUGUCGGCCAUGUUCAGAAACGCAUGGGGACCCGUCUCAGGACUUUGAAGAAGAGUUACUCUGGAAAGAAAUUAGCUGAUGGAAAAUCUAUUGGUGGCAGGGGACGCCUCACUGAUCAGUGGAUAGACAAGCUCUCCAGCUUUUAUGGAAUGGCAAUCAGAUCAAGUAGUGAUGUUAAAACUAUGAAAAACAAAAUAUGGGCCAUAUGGCAUCAUUACAACUCUACUGAUAAGAAACCCACACACCACCUUUGUCCCAAAGGGGAAAACUCAUGGUGCAACUACAAUAAAGCUAAAAGCAAAGGCACCCUUCCUAAAUUCAAGCACAAAGCAGCUCUUCCAGGUGCUGUCCUUACUGCUAUCAAGCCAGUGUUCAAAGACCUGAGCAAAGAAGAAUUGUUGCAGAAGUGUGUAGGGGGCUAUACCCAAAAUCCGAAUGAAAGCCUCAACAACCUGAUCUGGAAAAAUGUUCCUAAAACUGUUUUCUGUGGCCGGAAAACCCUGGAAAUUGGUGUUCAUGAUGCAGUUAUAGUGUUCAACAGUGGACAAAAGGGACGCCUGAAAGUGUUUGAGAAGUUGGGGAUUACACCAGGUCAGUUUUGUGUCUCCUACUGCAAUGAAAAGGAUACCCUCAGAAAAACAGUAGCUCAGAAGAGAGUUCUAGAGACCACCAAAGAGGCUAGAAAAGCGAAGAGACAGAAGAAUAAAGACACAAGUGAAAAGCAGUUAGCAGAGGAAGGUGUCAUGUAUGCUCCUGGUGCAUUUUAGUUGAUUUUAGUUGAUUAUUUUAAAUCAGAACAGUGAUUUUAUGCCGAAUAAAUGUUGCCAAACUUUAAA